AUGUCAGUUUUGUUAAUUCAAUUGCUACAAUCAAGGAAAAAGAAGGAUGCCAAUGUGAAAGCUCAUACUGUAAAGAAGGAUGCCAAUGCUCUGAUUGACAAUCCAGCUUUUGAUUCUCAAACUAAGGAGACACUAACAACUAGACAAGCUAGUUUUGGUUCUAAGUGUGAUGUUCCCGAAUCAAAGCUUAAGGAUGUUGAAAAAUCUGGAAUAGUAGACACCCUCCUAUCAUGGGAAGAUUUUAAACAAAGUAAAGAUCUGAAAAAAACUGAUGGAACUAAGACCCAGAGGAUUCGUGGGAUUGUAAAGCUCGAGGAUGCCAAUGAUGCUGGUGGAAGGAACUCUGAGAAAUGUACCUUUAUAUUGACGGAGGGAGAUUCCGCCAAGGCUCUUGCGAUGGUCGGGCUUUCUGUAGUGGGCCGAGACCACUAUGGUGUGUUUCCGUUGAGAGGAAAAUUGCUCAAUGUGAGGGAAGCUAGUAGCAAGCAAAUAAUGGAUAAUGAAGAAAUUCAAAAUAUAAAGAAGAUACUUGGGCUGCAGCAAAACAAGGAGUACACAAAUGUGAAGUCUUUGAGAUAUGGUCAUUUGAUGAUUAUGGCUGAUCAGGAUCAUGAUGGCUCCCACAUCAAAGGGCUUCUGAUUAACUUCAUUCAUUCCUUUUGGCCAUCACUGCUUAAGGUUCCAUCUUUCAUGGUUGAGUUCCCUACUCCCGUUAUAAGGGCUUCUCAUUCAAAUGGUACAAUAUUAUCAUUUUAUUCUAUACCGGAAUAUGAAGCAUGGAGAGAAAGAUUGGGGAAUAGUGCAGCUAGUUGGAAGAUAAAGUACUAUAAGGGGUUGGGUACAAGUACUCCCAAGGAAGGGAGAGAGUACUUUCGAGAUCUUGAUAAGCACAAAAAAGACUUCAUUUGGGAAGAUGAUUUUGAUGGAAAUGCAAUUGAGAUGGCGUAUUUAAUUGUUGUAUAUUUUGGCUAGGUUUUAUGUUAUGCCAAAUGAGUGUAGUCCUGUUUGAACAUUUGUUUUUGAGAGCUUUACUCUCAAGAGAUUCAAUGUUUUAUCGAGUACAAUGAAAAACAAAGUUGUUUGUUUUCACAAU